ACGAGAAUACUAACGUGAGCUGAUUGGAGGUCACAAGACUUGCUGGAUGGAGUGACAAUUUAUUAUUUGGAGAUACAUAUAAAAGGAUAAAAUGAGUACAUUGAUAUACAGUACUGGCAGUGGAAUCAUUGUCUUUGCCCUUAUAUUAAUAGGGCUCUACUACUGCUUAUCAGACCAGGGAUAUAGAUUUGACAUAGGAUGGUUUCUAAGUACUACCAGUCCUGUGAUGUGGGGAGGGCUGGGCGUGGCCUUUGCCAUUGCCCUCUCAGUAGUAGGGGCUGCAUGGGGAAUUUUUGUCACUGGAUCUUCUAUAAAUGGGGCAGGAGUGAAAGCACCUAGAAUUCGUACCAAGAAUUUGAUCAGUAUUAUUUUCUGUGAAGCAGUGGCCAUUUAUGGAAUUAUUCUAGCUAUUGUCAUGCAGAAUAUCAUUGAAGGGUAUACACUUCAGGAUAUUAAAGUUGUUAUAGCAAACCACAAAGCAGGUUGCUUCAGCCAAGAUGGGAGACCAGGUUUCAUAAUCCAGCACUGUGUAAGUUCCAGACUGUAA